GGCGCCCCGAGUAGUCAGUUCUCUUCUGUCUUUGGCGAGGCGCGGGCGUUAUUACAGCACCGCGACUGACCGCGUGCUCCGCCACUGCGUGCACCACUAGUGUAUGCGUACUAUAUAUCCGAUAAACACACUACUACGCGAUAUAUCUAUACAAGGUGUGUAUAUACAGAGGAACAACGAGUGCGAGAUACGAGCCACCACCACCGCCACCGCCGAUAUACUACUGCUGCUGCGUUUAGUUCAGUGUGUCUCUCUCUCGCUCUGUGCGCUUGUUCUCUUCUGUACAUGUGUGCGUGGGUGCAGUGUGUAUAGCCGUAUACGGAGAACGAUACGUAUACGACCAGUAGUCGGUCGCUGCACUGCUCUGCGGCAAAAAUUUUCUCCCGUUUUUUUUGGAGGUAUAUUCUUUUUUCGAGCGCUAUCUCGUCUUACAUCUUACAGUGUUACAGUGUGCGCGACUGUGUUUCUCGUUCUUAUACGAUCGUGCAGUGCUCUUUCUCUCUGCUUUAUACAUUCCAUAGUACAUACAUAGAGAGAGAAAGAGAGACCGUCUAGUGCGCUCUAUCGCCCUCUUUGUGCUCGCAGCAAUUAUUUCCCAUCGCUUGAGCUGCGCUACCACUGUACGUAUAGCGCACGGCACACAUACACACACGUUCAAGCAUAUAUACUGCUGCAUCACGGUGUCUGAGUAGCGCGCGUACCGAGGCAAGAAAAGGAAGCUGCGAGCCUUACUUAUAGAGCGCGGAAGGAGAACGAAGAAUUUCUCAAAGCUCCUCGCCAGAAAGCGCAGGCAGCGCAAGAGAGAGAGAGAACGACGGCGAAAGGAAAAAGAGAGCCAAAAGAGAGAAGGAAGAGAGAGAGAGAGAGAGAGAGAAUGAGUGUGCUCCGUACGUGCGCGAUGACAACAUCGAGAUACGUCCCAAGUGAUCGAACAGUGCUUUAAGUCGGACGAGCAAAGUGUGCGCGUCGCAGAUCCCGAAAAGUACCGACUAGUAGUUCUGCUGCCGAGUGCUAGUUUUCUUUCUUUUUUUCUCUCCCUCCGUCUUCCUCCUCUUCUUCUUCUUCUUUUCUCUUCUCUCUUUUUCUCUCUUUGCUCUCGACGAUUCUGCGAGCCAGAAGUAUAUUACGUCGUAUACCUAUAUAUCUGAAAAAAAAAAAGUAUUUCAGUGCGGUGACAGAGUGUGCAGUGUACAGGGCCCCAGUAACGAAGAGAAUCUCAACUUCUUCUUCUACUACUGCUACUUGUUUCCAGCAGUUGAGAAUUUUACUGCAGCGCGGCGCGGUUACUUUGCCUCGGUAAGCGAGCGCGCGCCAGGAAUAAGCAAAAAGAGACGAGCCAAAAAGAGGAAUAUAUAGAAGAGGCAGCCGCCGCAGCCGACACGUUUCAUACCGUAGGCCAUACCAAAUGAGGUUUAAGCCAUUUUUCACGCACAGAUCGAUGGAUCGAAGGAAGCCGCAUCGUCAGCAGCAGCAGAAGCAGCGAAAAACAGCCGCAGCAUCGGGAGGAGCAUCGGCAGCAGCCGCAUCCAAUCUCGAGGAGAGUCUGUAGCUGAUCGUGCGAUCGCGAUGAAGUGAUCAGAGACUACACACACGAAAUAAUAAUCAAGAAGAAGAAAAGUAGAAGAAGAGAAGCUGGAAAAAUCCACUAGGGCCCAGGGCCUCGUAGCGGCGGCGGCGGCGUGUCCACCACGGCGUCGUCCAACGAGACAGCGGCCGCCACCACCACCACCAUUCGUCCCUCAAAGCACAUAGAUGCGGCGGAUGCAGAAGCCUCUGCUCCGAGCGAGGCAUCGACAACCACAGCAACAACAACAACCGGUCGUCGUCCGGCUGCUGCUGGUGUCGCUGCUGCUGCUGCUGUCGCCGCUCUGGCUCGAUCGACCACCGGUCGUCGAGGCCUUCCCCGACUGGACCGACUGCCCCUCGGUAUGCCACUGCAAAUGGACCUCGGGCAAGAAGUCGGCCCUGUGCCCCGACGCGGGCCUCACCUCGCUGCCGGCCAAUCUCGACCCGGACAUGCAGGUGAUCGACCUGACGGGCAAUCGCAUCUCCAGGCUGCCCGCCGACACCUUCAAGUCCGCGGCCCUCGUCAAUCUGCAGAAGGUCUUUCUGCGCAACGCCGGCCUCAGGAGCGUCGAUCCGCGGGCCUUCGAUGACAUGCGCAUACUGGUUGAGAUCGAUCUCGCCGACAAUUACGUGACCAGCCUCGAGCCCCACACGUUCGCCGGUAACGAGCGCCUCAAGAUACUCGUGCUCAGCGGCAAUCCCCUCAAGAGGCUCAAGUCCCAUCAGUUCCCGCUGCUGCAGCAUCUGCGGACCCUCGAGCUGCAGAGGUGCCGAUUGCAAGAGGUCCAUCCGUUGGCUUUUCAGCGUCUGCCGGCCCUCGAAACGCUCAGGCUGGACAGUAACGAGCUGACAUCUUUGGAGCCCGCAACGAUUUCCGGCCUCAGGCGCUUGAAAACUCUCAGUCUGGAUAACAACGCCUGGUCCUGCGACUGUCAUCUCCGGGACUUUUGCCUGCUGCUGACUUACGGCAGCUCGAGUCGGCUGUACUCGCAGUCGCUGCACUGCAGCCAGCCCGCGCGACUUCAGGAUCGCAGGUGGGAGGAUCUCCGGGCCCACGAGUUCGCCUGCGAGCCCACUGUGCUGCUGCCGACGACCAUCAUCCAGCAGGAGAUCAACGGCAACGUCAGCCUGUCCUGUCUGACUACCGGCGACCCCGAGCCCGAGGUCUGGUGGCAGCUCAACGGCUCGCCCGUCAACGGCACCGGCAGAAGACAGUCCAUCGACGACAUCACCCCGUCAGGUGGCAUGGUGGUUUACUCGACGUCGCUGGAAACUCGACGCGGACUGAUCGAACGCUGGAGCAACCUGACGAUCUACAACGCGAGCGACAUCGACGCGGGCGAGUACACGUGUCACGCGCGCAACGUCGCCGGGGUGGCGCGCAACACCGUCACCGUCAGCAUACCCCGGGUGUUCUCGGCGCCGACCCUGUCCCAGGCCGACGACUGGCUGCUCUGGAUCAGUCUCGCCGGGGGCGGCACAGUGGCCCUUGGGGUCUCGGCGACCGUCGUCGUCACGGUACUGUGCGUCUGCAGCACCACGCAGCUGAGGCGGCGCAACCGCAAGCGGGCCAAAGUCAAGCUGCAGCCGAGCACGAGUUUCGGCGACCAGGAGAAGAAGUUGCUUGAUUUGUCGGUCACCACGACCACCACCACGACGAGCAGCCAGCCAACUUCCCAGCAAAAUAUGUUGGAGGCAGCCUCGCCGGAAUCGCCGUUGACACAUCAAGAGGAUUGCAUCAACCAUUAUCACCAGCAGCAGCUACUGCAGCAUCAUCAGGCCGAGUACGACCUCGUCACGGACGGCAGCCCGAUGGCCGAGCACAUGCCCGACUGCCCGAUGGGGGCGGCCGAGUCGAACAGCGUCAGAUACGAGUAUCUGGGUCGGCAUCGAUUCAUCGACGAGUCCUGCUGGCCGAGCGUGGGUACGCUGGCUCGGCGCUGCUCGUCGUCGAGCAACGCCCAGGGAGCCGCCACCGGCGCCUCGAGAGUGAUCCUGGCCAGUACCGGAGUGGUGGCGAGCUCGAUGGUGCUCGAGUCGCCGCGCAACAACGGCUCGGACAGCGGCAAGCCGCCGUCGUUGUCGUCCUCCUCGCAGGAGCGCUGUCCUCUGGCCGUGGCGACGGGAAGUUUUUCACCGUCCAACGUACUGCUGGUCAGGCCGUGUCCGACGCACGAGCAGCGCGGCAGCGAGACAGAAGCGGGAAGCGGAGCCGCCGGUGGUGGUGGCCGGCACGUCGAGCCCUGCUAUCCGGAUCUGCUGGACAUCGCGAGGACCUACGCGGCGAUACCGGAGCGUUACUUUCUGGUGUCGCCCGAUCCCGGCGCGAUCGCGUCGUCGGCGCAGGCCAAGGCCACGAUGACGACGACGUCGAUUCAGCUGCAGAGCAACAGACCCAACGUGGCCGGUGCCGAGCUGGAGUCGCCCUACGACAACAUGGGACCGAGGAUCACCGCGAACGGAACGGGCUGCGACUCGGCCGCGUCCCAGCUCGCCGAGGACAACGAGUCGGCGGCCGUAGCGCCGCUCAUUCAGCCGCCGCCGGAAUUCGUGUCGCUCUGAGACGAGGAGGACGAAGAGGAGAAGGACAGCGGUGACGAGAUGAUGGACGGCUCGGCGACGGAAAACCAACGCCUCGAUAAUUACGUUCUAUGGAAAUCAAAGCUCUGAGUCUCGCUCGGCAGUUAAUGGACCGACCGCAAUGCUCCGAGGUUCCUUCUGCAGCAGCCAACCACACACUCGCACAUAUGCAAUGUAUAUAGAUAAUAAUUGAAAGCCGGACGAACGUACGUACACAAAUCCGUAUGCUUUAUGCCCAUUUCCGCGUUAAUCCAGUCAGCCAGAGAAGUAUUCAGUGCGCGUCAUUAUCUCUUUUAUACCAAGAAAUGAUCCGUAUAUGGCCGCUUCUCUGUCAAAUCGAAUGGCCGUAGAAUUUUUUACUGCUGCGAUGGAAACUCGUUUUUCUUUCGGCGUACGUGUUCUCAAAUUUUGUUCGAAUUUCGGGGACCGCCUAUUACCAUGACUUAGAGUCUCGGAAUUUGCGUUUUUCCAAAAUUCAUAAUUAUUUCUAAAAUAAAAAAAACUACUUACGGAAAAAAGUGCUACAGAGCAUUUUUCUAAGCUAGAAUUUUUCAAAUUUUAGCAUUAAUCAUGAAUUUAGGAAAAACGAAACUUUAGACCUCUAAAAAAACUGAUGAACGGCCUGGAAAAUUUUGAUUCAUUCGAUUUUACAGAGAAUCGACCAUAUGUACCCAUGCGUAUAUGUAGAUACGUGAUUCAAGCGGAGAUCCUGAUUCGCGAAUAACAGGCUUUGUCGGUGGAAAAACAUUCGAAGCGUGUUUUAAUGCGACAAAAGAGAAGAGCAGAAUAGAAGAGAGAAAAACGGUUUAAAUUAAAUGAGAAUAAAAUUAAUAAAACCUUCUAUUGAUAUGAUAAUCGCGGAAUUUUCGCUACGUUAUCGGAUUGUACCAUAUAUUUCGUGUAUUAUAUUCGUAUUAUUUAUUUAUACAAAUACUUCAAGACCCAAAGGCUGCAUUUAAUUUUAAGCGCUUCCAUACACAAUCCGUGCAAUUCCUAAAUACAUACAACGUGAGUAAAAACAAGACACGUUUGCACGUAAUAACAAAAGAACUCCGAUUCGACUGCUGCGCCAAUUGCAAAUAACAUAUUAACACGUUAUUACGAAACUUUACACAAAUACUUACCGAUGUGAUUUAAACCUUGUGAUGAUUUUAAUUAGUUCGUAUAAGAAUUUACCCGCCGUUCGCGACCGAUGUUUGUGCCAAUAGUGAACAUUUACUCUGCAAGCGUGUGCUUUCAUCGAUUUAUAUAUGUAUAAAAUAAAUGUGUAUGAAUUUACCCGUCAAUUGACGCAAUUUUUAGGGCGUAAAGAUGAAUUUUUUCGUGUGGCGUAGCAAUUAUAUUCGGCAUGUACAGACGUAGUGCGUGUAAGGGAAAUAAAUACAUUAUACAUGUUAUAUAUUUUAACAUUAACGUACUGAAAGUAAAAAGACUUCUUCCAUUACUCUAUAAGAACUCUCAAUUAUCUCAUGAUUUCUUCCAAGGGAUUGAUCCCUCUCUAAUAAUGAUCCUUUUCUCUCUCUUGAUACAUACAUAUUUAAAAUAUGUGUAUAAAAAUAAAAUUAUAUAUUACCAAUGUAAACCGGUGUGGAAAAACGUGCAGCUUGUUGAUCGUAUAUCAGUGUAUGCGAGAGCGAAGAAUAUUUGAAAAUAUGUAUUUUCUAGUUGAUUCAGAAUCCCCUUAUAAUACGCCAAAAGAUCUCAUCCAUCAAUCGUCCAUCCAUUGAUAUCCCUCCAUAGCUCGAUCUCCAUUUUAAUAAAAAAAGUCGUCUAUUACUAUCAUUCUUUAUUAAAGUCCAAUCUCUAGAUCGCUUUUAAAUAUUCAUCAACGAAUGACCAUAAAUCGCAAAUGAAUUAUAAAAAAAUGUUGUACAUAUAUUUUAUGUAUAUAUCAUACGUAUUAAAAUAAGAAUAGAGACGCCAAAACCAAAUGCCAAUUGUAAAUAAUGAAUCUUCAUUCAUUUUAAUUAU